ACAAGGCCAAGGGCAAGGUCCUACAGCGGGGUCAGGACAAUCUGCUGUUUCACUGCAGGCUGGGGAUGAUGUGAUUGAGAGCAGCCCUGCGGAGAAGGACUUGGGGGUGCUGAUUGACGAGAAGCUCGACAGGAGUGGGCAAUGUAUGCUCGCAGCCCAGAAGGCCAACCGUGUCCUGGGCUGCAUCAAAAGCAGCGUGUCCAGCAAGUCCAGGGAGGGGAUUCUGCCCCUCUACGGGAUAUUAGGGAGAAAUUCCUCCCUUUGAGGGUGGUGAGGUUCUGGCCCAGGUUGCCCAGGGAAGCUGUGUCUGCCCCAUCCCUGGAGGUGUUCAACGCCAGGCUGGAUGGGGCCUUGGGCAGCCUGGUCUGGUGGGAGGUGUCCCUGCCCGUGGCAGGGGGUUUGGAACUGGAUGGGCUUUGAGGUCCCUUCCAACUCAAAGCUUUCUAUGUUUUGCGGAUUCUACGAAAGGACAGUGUUCCUUUUAGCCUUCAUUUGAUGGGUGAUGGCUUUGUGAAUGUGUUUUUUGUCCGUGAGAUGCAAUUCAAAGAGUGAAUAUCUUGGUUACAGACGCGGUAUUCCAAGCAAACUAAUUAUCCUGACAUGGAUCAAAAAGAAAGUCCGGAUCUUGGAAGAUGCAACAGGGCGGAAAAGAGAAAGAGGGGAUCACCAAGUGGUCCACAGGAGAGCAAGCGCUGUAAAAUGGAUCUUGAAAAAUGCAAGAGGGCAAAAAAGGCAAAGAGAUCAGCAAGCGGUGCACCAGAGACCCAACAGAAGAAACCACGUCUUGCAAGAGGCAAGAGGCCUCAAAAGAGAGAGAGAUUAGCAAGCGGUGCACCAGAGACCCAACAGAAGAAACCACGUCUUGCAAGAGGCAAGAGGCCUCAAAAGAGAGAGAGAUCAGCAAGCGGUGCACAGGAGAGCAAGCGCUGCAAACUGGAUCAAAGCAGAACGAGCAGUCACAAAAGGGAGCUGCAGGCACGUUCCAGUCCCUCUGAAUAUCUGCAGUAGUUUAUUCCUUUUGCUGAUAUUAGUGGCCUAUUCUUUUUGCUGGGAUUUGAUUUUCUUGAGUGAAAAUGUAUAGUUUGCAGGCACACUUGUGAUAGUACACAGGACAGUCUUGCUGUUUUGUUCCUGGGAUGUAUUUGACCAGAUUAGUGAACGAGAACCAUCCACCGGAGUGCCUGAAAUAGAGGCAUCUCUCUCGUGCCUUCAGAAUUUCUCUGAGGACAGGCAUUUAUUUUGGCGCUACUCAAAACUGCAAGCCCAGGUUUUUUAAACUUGCUUUUGACUCAGGAUCGUGGAAACAACAAGGAGAUGACAUCUGACUUUUACUUUUGUAAAAACGCGUUUAGUAAGAUGUUCUAAGUAUGACUGAAAAAUCUGUAGAGUCAGAUAUGUAUGACAUCUGCCCGCUAGAGGGGCAGUUGUUCUGAUCUUUAUUAUCCAUUUAGCUCUUUAGAAAGCUGCAGAUAGGAUUUAUAAUGGAAGAUCUUCAGCUGUGACGGCCUAAAGUUCACGUGUAAGCUGUGUGCCAUGUGCCAGACAAUUCUUAUCAAAAAUGCAGGGUGGCGAUGUAAUCUCAGUUACUUCAGAGGAGUAUUUUGAUGUGGCCAAAAGGCAAUUGUAUAUGGAAAUACAGAAGAACAUUCUGUCCUCUGUCUCUUGAAGACACACCUGAAAGACACCCUUGAUGUAUAGAAGAGAACUGUUAAAUCCUUUUGCUUGAAACAAGAAUAUGGGCACUGAAAUCCUGAAGCAAAAUUCAGGGAACCAAUCUUGUCAAAGGAAAACAAUUGCCUUGUAGUUUUCUGUUGCCUUGCCCCUGUAUCUCAUCCCAAAAUCUCUUCCUUGUCACCUUUUUGCCCUGUAACAUAAACGAUGCGCCCCGUAAGUUCCCGUAGGCUGAAUUGGAAAUUGCUCCUGCCAACUGUUUGUGGCCUGGCGUGUAUGUGAGUGCCCGACUACCUCCCUGAUGAAGGCGAUUUGUACUCUGAGCUGAAUUCACUCGUGUUUGUUGAUUGUCUGGACAAUCUUGGUGCCGUUCCAGGCGAGUCGUCGAAGGAGAACAGCCAGCUGUGUAGAGGAUGAGGAGGCGGGUCACCUGAUGUGUCAGAGAGGAGACGUGCUCAAUGCAAGAUACGAGGUUGUUGCUGUGUUGGAUGACGGUCAUUACGCAAGAGUAGUGGAAUGCAUGGAUCACGAAGCUGGAGGCAGACAUGUUGCAGUGAAAAUAGCAAAGGAUUUGGAUUGGUCCUCCGACGCGGCUCGUGAGGAAAUACAAGUGCUGGAAGAUUUAAAAGCAUCAGACCCCAGCAAUGCCUAUCACUGCGUUCAGAUGUUGGGAUGGUUUGAGUACCAUGGACACGUCUGCAUUGUUUUUGAGCUCCUGGGGCUCAGCACCUUUGACUUUAUGAGCAACAACGACUUCUCGCCAUUUAGCCUGGACGACAUCAGACACAUGGCUUAUCAGAUCUGCACCUCUGUCAACUUUUUGCACAUGAAGAAGUUGACACAUACAGAUCUGAAGACAGACAAUAUUGUCUAUGUGAACUCUGACUAUGUAGAAGAGUACAACCCCAAACUGAGACGUAAGGAACGCAGGCUGAGAAACCCGGAUAUCAAAGUUGUGGAUUUUGGGUGCGCCACUUAUGAUCACAAAUAUCAUAAGCCUUCAGUGACCGCCAGAGCUUACAGAGCUCCCGAGGUGGUCCUAGAGCUCGGAUGGUCACAUCCAUGCGAUGUGUGGAGCAUAGGAUGUAUUCUCCUGGAAUACUACCGUGGAGUCUUAGUAUUUGAGCCCGAUGACGACAUAGAGCACCUGGCAAUGAUGGAGCGAUUACUGGGCCCUUUGCCGGAUCACAUGAUAAAGAGAGUUGUGUCUUCAAGGAAGAAGAAGUAUUUCCGUAAAGGCCGUCUGGCCUGGGAUGAACGCAGUGCAUCUGGGCAAUAUGUCUCAGGGUGCUGUAAACCCCUGAAGGAAUACAUGACGUGCCACGAUUCUGACCACGAGAACCUUUUUGAUCUGAUUGGGAAGAUGCUGGAGUAUGACCCAGCCACACGCAUUACUCUGGAAGAAGCACUGGAACAUCCUUUCUUCCUCCCAUUGAAGCAGGAGAAAAGGGCAUGUCCUCCUACAUCUGAGGCAGGCAAAUGUCUCUGUCUGCCUGAUAAGCGUAAACUAUGUUAA